GCUCCGGCAGCUAGGUGCGCGCAGAGCUAGCCGAUCCGCGGAGACCAUGGAGCCGGUGUCGCUGCAGGACUUCGCGCGCUGCCUGGACCCCGCCUCCCUGCCGCGCGUGCUGCGGGUCUACUCCGGAGUCUACUCCGAGGGCUCCAUCUACGAGAUCUGUGGGAAUGAGUGCUGCCUGUCCACGGGAGACCUGAUGAAGGUCACGCAGGUUCACCUGCAGAAAGUGGUCUGUAAGAACCCAGGCACGGGUCAGACGUUGGAGCUGCCCCCCAACUUCCAGGGCCACUUCUGCCCGCUCUCCACCCCGAAGAGCUACGGGACCCUGCAGGAGCUGGUCUCUGCCGCACAGCAGAGCGCCACCCCGCUGCCCCUUUGCUUCAUGUCCGCUCGCAGCGUGGUCACAAAGGCCGGGGUGGUGCCCGAAGACCAGCCCCUCGUGCUGGAGGCCGUGGAAAUGCACCUCGGGACCCGCUGUGCACGCUGUAGCCUGGACUCCAAGGCCCAGCAGGUCGUCCUGCACCUGCCCCUCACCCAGAAGGGGCCCUUCUGGACGCGGGAGCCCACUGCGUCCCAAACUCUGCUCCAGAUCCUGCAGGACCCAGCCCUGAGGGACCUCAAGCUCACCUGCCCCGCCCUCCCUUGGCACUCUGUGGUCCUGAGGCCAGAGUAUGAGGUCCAAGCCAUCAUGCACAUGCGCAAGACCGUGGUCAGGAUCCCCUCCACGCUGGAGGUCGAGGUCCAGGACGUCACCGCCUCCUCCCAGCACGUCCACUUCAUCAAACCGCUGCUGCUGAGCGAGGCCCUGGCCCGGGGAGGCCCGUUUCCCCUGCUCACGGAGAUCCUGGAGGUCCCGGAGGGGCCCCCCAUCUUCCUCAGCCCGUGGAUGGGCUCCCUGCGGAAGGGCCAGAGGCUCUGCAUCUACGGCCCGGCCUCGCCCCCCUGGCGGGUGCUGGCCUCCAGCAAGGGCCGGAAGGUGCCCCGACACUUCAUGGUCUCCGGGGCCUACCAGGGCAAGCUGCGGCGGCGGCCCCGGGAGUUCCCCACGGCCUACGACCUCCUGGGUGCGCUGCAGCCCGGCCGGCGCCUCCGCGUGGUGGUGACGAAGGACUGCGAGGAGGGGGACGAGAGCCCCGAGCUCUCCUCCCUGGCUGUGGGCGACCGGCUGGAGGUGAUCGGGCCCGGCCAGGUCCUGGGGACCCACGGGCAGGACAUAGACGUCCUGGUGUGCGCGCGGCUGGGCGAAGAGGCCGGGGAGGCGGAGGGCGAACGCGAGGAGGCGGAGGAGGACCAGGAGCAGGUGCUGCUGCCCCUCUACCUGCCCUGCGGCCUGGUGGAGGAGAUGAACGACAGCCGGCGCUACAGCCUGGCAGACCUGACUCAGCAGCUGUCACUGCCCUGCGAGGUCAAGGUGGUGACCAAGGACACCGGCCUCCCCGCUGACCCGCUGGUUUCCUUCCCCGGCCUGCGGCUGGAGGAGCGGAUCACCGAGCCCUUCUUGGUGGUGGGCCUGGACUCCCGGCCGGGCACCUUCUUUGAGAUCCCGCCGCGGUGGCUGGACCUGACGGUGGUGGAGGCCGAAGGGCAGCCGGGCCAGCUGGCCGAGCCUCUCCCUGCGGCCACCGUGGAGGAGCUGUCCGAAGCCUUCUACUACAGCCUCCGGAAGUCACCAGCCAGUGAGAACCAGGCGCCCCCGCCCAGGCCCCCGAAAAGCCAGGGCCUGCGGGGGCAGAGGAGACAGAGCUGCGAGGAGGGUGACGCCAAGGGGCUUCCUCCGAAGCAGAACCCCGCUGUGUGCAGUCCCGGCUCCUCCAACCGCGCCCCCAAGUCUGCUCGAGUCUUAGGGCUGCAGCAGUCCCCUCUGCCGCCCACGCCCAAGGAGAAGACUUUGCCAGAAGCCUCCAAGAACUUAUACAGAAAGAUUACUUCUAAGAAGGGCCUCAGGGCCACCAAGGCCCAAACACAGGAUCCAGUGCUGCGGGUUGAACCCAGGGGCUCACCCAUGGCAGGCAGGCACCCUGCCGCCGCACCCCAUCCUUGGCCUGGCCUGGGCCCUGACAAAAAUAUGGAUGAUCAUGACUACGAAGAAGUAGCGGAGCAUUUCCGGAAAACCAUCUAGGUGGGAGGAGCCGCGCUGUCCCUACGCUUCUCUGGAUUCCAGAUACCAGGCAACCCUUGCAAGCCUCUAAAAGGCCGGGAGCAAAUCUCACAGAAAUCAGACUCAGAUGCAGAAAGGAACUGAAAUGGGGCGGACACUGAGCCAGCUUCCUGUGGGCUCUAGGUUCCCGCCGCCGCGGGGGCUGGUCUGUCGGGGCCAGCGCCUUGCACAGGACUCCCUCAGCCUCAGCGCUCUGGAAUCCAGGGGAGCCGGCUGGGUUCCACUCAGUCUUGCAUCCCCACCGCUGUCCCAGUGGUGGGCGCAGAGAAGGCCAAGAGGCCACCGACCCCAGUGCCAGCUGCAUUUUGGUGAAGAUUUGGUCCUGGUCACUGUGCCGAGAGCCCUUCAUGUGUUCGCCCCCGCGUGGGCCCCUCUCCCGCCCCUGCCUCUGGCUCUGAGCUCCUGGGAGACCAAGGUUGUUUCCUCGUCCUCAUCUUGAUAGCACUCGGCACACGACCAGCACUUAGUAAAUGGGGUGUGCACAAAUGAGCGGGGAAAUUUGACCUCAGGAGCAGACUUUUAGGGCCUUGUGCCUCCAAAGCUGGUGCUGGAACUCAGGGAGCCAGUUUACAGAGAGCCUCACGGAGACCCAGAGCGGCAGAAACCGGCAGGGUUCCUCGGGUGUGCUGAGGUCUUGACAAAACCUUGAGGGGCUGUCCGAGAGUGUUUUCCUCUAAAGCAGUGGAAUAAAGAUGAUGUCUGAGCUUCUGUCUGAAUGA